UUCACGCAGUGACAGAUAGCUGUCGGUCUGGACUGAGGGGGAAGGCUAUCUCGGAAAUAAUCUGCCCACGCGUUAAGCUGCUUUAUCCCCGCCAAGCCUCAGUCGGUCAGACACGGCUGUAGCUCAGUGACCACUCACAGGGAAGUCCGAAUUAGAGAAAGAAAAAGUGACACAGGCUGCGGAGACAAGUUUGAGAAAUCUUUUUCAGGGUGAUAGGUUGUGGAUGAGAGCAGUGUGUGGUGGUUGUUUAGCAUACAUGGAGACUUGAUUGGAGGUCAGACAGACAGAGCUGAAGCUGAACCUGUUGCCGUGUGCGCAGUGUUGGAUGAAGGAGGCAGACAACAAGUACACACUGGGGUUUUAACCACAGCAAGAAGCUGGCACGCGUGUUUCGGGCAUGGACAACAUUGGAUUUUGGAUAUUCUUGAUAACAACUUGUGUAAUUCCUGGGAUAAAUGGCCAGACUGUGGAAAUGGAUGAUGGGAAGUGGGGGUAUGUUGGCUCAAAGGUGGAUCUUCGUUGUCGGUUCAUCAAUAGUUCCCCGCCUGUCAAAAUCUCACAGGUGACAUGGCAGAAACUGGUGAAUGGCACCAAGCAGAACGUGGCGAUCGCCAACCCCUCUCUUGGUGUGUCUGUUGCCCCGCCCUACAGGGACCGAGUGGUCUUCAAAAACGGAGCAGUGAGGCGACGAACUCCAAAUCUAGAAGACACCACUAUCACCUUUUCCUCGCUGCGUCUCGCUGAUGAAUGCACCUACAUCUGUGAAUACACAACGUUCCCCGCAGGGAACAGAGAAAACACAGUAAAUCUCACUGUCUUCGUUCGCCCCACAACUCAGAUGAGUCUGUCCACGCCAACCCUUGUGGCUCGCUCGUCCAAUCUGAAAACACCAGUGGCCAGCUGCGUUUCAGCCAAUGGAAAACCACCUGGCACAAUCAGGUGGGAGACGAGGGUGCCAGGAGAAGUGACAACCAGAGAAUUCAGAAACUCAGACGGGACAUUCACUGUUCAAAGCGACUACAUUUUGGUGCCAAGCAAAGAUACACACAAGGAGACACUCACCUGUGUCACCUCAUACAACGAGGAGGUCUUCACUGACAGUGUCACCCUGGAUAUUCAGUAUGAGCCAGAUGUUUCAGUGGAUGGGUUCGAUGGAAACUGGUACCUGAACAGAGAAAAUGUCCAGCUGAGCUGCCAAGCUGAUGCCAACCCAGCCGCCUCUCUGUAUCAGUGGCGACUUGUAAAUGGCACAAUACCAAGCAAUGCAGAGAUCCGAGAAAAUAUCCUUACCUUUAAAGGGCCAAUCACGUAUGAGGUCCAAGGCACCUAUGUGUGUGAUGCCACCAACAGCAUUGGGACGCGAUCAGCCUCUGUGGAGGUCAGCAUUAUAGAAAAGCCACUACCACAGAUUGCAACAGGUGAUGUCAUCAGCGUAGUUGCCUUAUUACUUGCUGCUGGAGUGCUCAUGGGCAUUACGAUAACAGUCCUGGUGCUCAAAAUAAGAAGCCGGAAAGACGACUCCUCAAAUGACUCUCCGUCCAAAAAACUGUCACAGCCGAUAAGGAAAAGACCAGCCGAUGACAUCCAGCAUUCAGGACGAUUUUAUGAAGAACUCCCAAACACAGCUGACUACGUGAGCUACAGGCUGGCCUGCAACAAGGAGGACUAUCCUGAGCCCUACUCCCCUCCCAUCAACCCUCCUCUGUCAUUUCUGCCCCAGCACCCUUACCAUUCAUCACACACAACCCCCGCAACCAGCAGCAGCAGUAGUAACACCAUGUCAAAAAACACUUUCUCUCCUCCUCCGCACACCACAGCUAUCUUUAAAUACCCCUCAGUACCAGGCCUAUCUUCACCUCCCCCAGGAGUGGGGGCGUAUACUUUUCCCAAAGAGCAGUAUGUCUGAACCGGCACUGAAUUUGUCUCAAACUGAAACUGCUUCAAUGAGGACAGAUGACACAACACGAUUUUUCCCCAAACCUUUCCUGUAAGGGAGAUUUUGUUUGACCCUGGACUAUCAGGCGGUGUCUUUGCACCCUCUGCAUCUUAUUGGACAGCUCCGGGGGGCAAAGGACAAUUCAGCUUCUGAUGUCAGACUUUGAAUUGAGUCCCAUUUUUAAAUAUUUUAUUGUUUUGUUGUGUCUUUUAUUAUAUAAUCUAUUUUGUGAAAAGGGAAGAUUGUGGGACCAUGAUUUAAUGUCAUUUGAAAAAUGUAUAUUGAAUGGAUGUAUUACAUUUGAUUUGCAAAUGCUUACAACAUUAUUUAUUAUUUCUUGAUCUCCGAUGUGAUCCACCCCUUACUUUAUCUGAUAUUGUAUAUAUAAUAUACAAUAAUAAUAAUAUAAUAUAAUUCUUUAACUCUGAGGCCCACUCUUUUUAUCCUGCAACAUUCAUACCCAUAAUCCUUUCACUGUAGAACAGCGGAACUCACCUUUUCAUUUCCUUUUGUAUUUUGUAUCAUGCUUUUCUUUGCAUUUGAAAAAAAAACAACACUGAAGAAAUGGUGUUGUUUCAUGAAAUUUAUGUUUUUAUUCAUGGUUUUAGUUUUCACUGAGAUUGGUUGUUGGAUGAGCCUUGAAUUUUUAGCAUUUAAAUAAAAAUGACCAUGUUAACUUGUGUUAAUGGUGACUGAAAAUAUGAAACCAUAUACUUACUAUUCCACACUCUUGCCUUUAAAAGUCUCUUUGUAUACAAUGAAAUAUCCAUUAACAGUUACAAAUCUGCUCUGGGCUCUUUUCUUGAUGUUGUUAAAGAGUAGUUUGGAUGGUUAGUUUAUUUGUAACCGUAUCAGCCAGAUAAAUCAUAAUGUUGGUGGUCAGUUUUCUUUUUAGGCUCAAACUGAAAUAUGCCUUUUUAAACUGUUAGAUUGAUUGUCAUUAAAUGUUGUACUGUUGUGAAUGGCCUUAAGAGGAUGAUUGUUUCAGAAGUCCCUCCAGUAGGUCAAAGUUCCCAAUUAUAAUUUGCUAACUUGCAACUACCUUGCUAACAUGUAAUACUGAAACAACAAACAUUAUUAACUUAUUAAUCACGUUACCGUUGUCUAUGUAAAUGAGCAUAGUAGCAUGCUAACCUUAGCUUUGAGCUCUAGGCACUGUUGUGACAGUACAGUAUCAGACCUACUUGCUUGUCCCAUUGACUGUACAGGCACUAAUUAUUCAGGAUUAGCCUGGUUGCCAUUUUUUAUAUUGAAAACUGUCAUAAUAAAUCAUCUGUUCCUGUUUGAUAGGGUCAAACAGAGUUCAGUAUAGGGAUUUGUUGUGGCUUCAUAAGCCUCUGGUAUUUGGUGUUUAAUUAUAAAAUGAUGUGUUACAAAUUUGAGAGUAUGGUUUAUUAUCCACAAAAAAUAAAACAAAACAAAACGUCAUUAUUAUGAGCAAACUACAUUCACUGAAAAAAAAAAAUGUUUUCUUUUUUUUUUCCCGAAGCUAUGGAGUCAUGAUCAUAUUUUUAUGGACGUUUAAAAACAAAGAAAUAAUGUAAUGCUAGUGCGUCCAAUUAGAAAGUAAAGAGGAGAAGAAGCAUACUUUUGGUGUCCCAUGUUUCCGUUCCCAUACAGUUACCACUUUCCGGCACAAGUUCUAUUGGAAGGCUCCAUCAGUCUGCUAUUAUGAAUAGAUUCUAGAAAGUCAGCCUAUCGCUGCCCGUAUGCUGAUCAAAUUCAUGACAAUUAAUUCACAGCUUCUUGAGCAACAAGUAGUGUCCAGUUUGUGGGACCUCACAGACUGUGAACGUCCUUUUGUUUUUUUAAAUCCAUCAUUUUUAGCUGCAUCAGUCUGUUGCGCAGCAAUGCUUAAUUGUCUAAGCCUUGGAAAGAUCUGGGUCACUAUCAGAAGGCUGGUAGACCUAAGAGCUGUGUGUUUACUUAAAUCUUUUUCUCAGUUGUUGAGUUUUACAGCACAAAAAUAAGAGUAGAGUGUAAAGAUUAUGAGAAUGUAAUGGUUCUGCAUAUUCGUUUUUUAAAGUGGAUAAUAAACAUAAAAAACUGCCAUUGUGAUCAACCAUUGAAGAUAAAUAAAUACUUAUGACAGCA